CACUCAUCAAAAGUUAUAGUAUCAUGCCAAAAAUUCGGUUAAUUUGAGGUCUAAAUAUCCGACAAUCUAACUUGUUACACAUUUUUAAUAAACUUUUCCACUUAAGAUGUUCGGCCCUCGGUCGAUAACUUUUGAUCCCUAAUGUAAGAAACUGAGUCCUAUAUGCUUUGUCAAGGGUCAAGGCAGUUAGUUAUCAAUGACUAAUCAUUUUUUAUUCUUGUACUACUUGAAUUUAUACUUAUUUAUUAAUUUCCUGUAUUGAUUUAUCAGAACAAAACUUUUGAGCUUUGUUUAUGCUUAGGGCUGGCUAUUUGGCCCGGACUGUUUGGUUUUACCUAAAACCGGACCGGGACCGGACUGGGACCCGAUAACAAACAAUCCAAUCUCAUAUUUGGGCUUAGAUUUGAGGUAAAACCCCGAAUAAAGACCGGAUAAGAGACCCCCAACACCUAAAAUCAAGAUCAAAUUAGGACCGGACCGGGUUAAGACCGGAUUGUAUCUAAUCCAAUCUUUGGUCCUUAUAUUCCCGAAAAGACCGGACUAGGACCGGAUCAAUUUGGUCCAAUUUAACCGGACCGAACCGUAUAGUCACCCCUAUUUAUGCAUACUUAUCCCUUGCAGUAUUUCUACAUGUAAUAAUAUUUGUUUGUCAAAAAUUAAUUCAGUCUUGAUGAUGAAUUAACAUCCCAUUUUAUGUUUGGUUGAAAUUAUGACCUCAAUAUGUCUAUCUAUUUAUAAAGUAUAUGAUUUUCAAAGUUACUCUUUUAUUACAUCCAUAUUGAAGUUUUAUGAACAAUCAUUUUAUUAUAAUUUUUUUAUAAUAUUCAAUUCUAAACUUUGAAGGACACUUAUUCAUAAAAUAUUUAAAAGAUAGAGGGUAGGAGUUUUGGUUUACCGUUACUUUUGAUAACUUUGAGUGACCUGUCUAAAGUGGCGAAAUGAUUAGAAAUAAAAAAACGAAAAUAAAGGUAGAACAAUUGUAGUUUAAUGGGCAAUGAUUCAGUUUUUUUUUUCGUAGAGAUAAAUAAGGGAGAGAUAAAAAUGCCACCGUAGAGAAAAUUUUGGGAUAAAAAAACGGUGUUUCCCAGAUAUUGCGGGAGUUGUUUAUGAUGGGUAGGAUUUUUUUAGUGAGAAUGAAUUGUGAUUGGUUGAAUCAGCAUGCUGACGUGGAUGAAUAAGGAAAGAGUAAAUUUGAAAUGGAGAGGCCUUUUACGGGAAAGUGUAUAAUAUAUUCUUUAGAUUUAGAUACUCGCAAAAUUCUUCUAGUUUGGUUCUAGCUUCUAAAUUAUCUGUAAAAGAAUGAUCCAUGUCAUCCUUGUAAAAAAAUUAAGGUAGUGUCUAUUUUUUAGACAAACCUUUUUUAGAUUCUUUUUAUAUUAUUGAACCUAUUAAAAUGCUAUUAAUUAUUCAAAUUUUUCGUAAUGCAUCAAAAUAUUAGCAUUUUUUACGUUAUCGUUAAUAAUUUUAUAAAUUUUUUCUUAGUUAAAAUACUAAAAAUUUAGAAUGUUAACCUUCAUUUGACUCUUCCAAGUUGAUAUUAUGUUGUCAAUAUUACUAACAAAAUUGUUAAUUAAAAGUCAACAUUUGGAUAAUUCUUAGUAUUUCGAUAGGUUUGAAUAAUAUAAAAGAAUUUGAAAAUUUUUGGAUAAAAAAUAGACAUCAUCCAAAAAAUUAUUAUAAACAUCAUAGUUAGGAACAAGAUUUGGUCCUCAAAUAUCAACAUGUAUUAAUUGAAACGUUUAGUAGAAACAGUUGAGCUACAAGAGAAAAGGUAGUAUCUUUUGGUUGAGAGGGGGUCGAGGUGGGGUACAGGGUAGGGAGGGGCGAUGUGGGUGUUCACGGAUGGGGUCAUUGACUCGUCCCGAAUACCACAAUAAAACUCUCAAUUAAGACCCAUGUAUAAACCUCACUUGGGUGCAAUAUAGGGCAAGUACGUUUAAAUGUCGACCCGGGCCGGUUCAUGUACCCCUACUUCGAUUGUUUGUAACAUUAUCUAGCGGUUGAUUUUUGGUUAAAACAACGAUCUAUAGCUAAAACGUUUGGAAAAGUGAAUGGAUUUAACACUAAUUGAAAAGGUUUCACCCGGGGGUUGCUCCCCCUAGCAAACAAUUAUGACUUGUCGAAUCGAAUGGUCAUGUGUGGUAAGGUGGUUGUAAACCGUAGGAAAGUGCAACAAGUAGCCAAAUGCCACUCUCUCGGUCUCUAGGUCCAGGGAAUUCGAUUCAAGCCAACAAAGUGACUCUCUCGACCUAUCGACUAAGGGUUGCCAAGACUUCACCCUCGAAUCGGUGUUCGGAUGGCCAAUUACUACCAACCCUAGGUGCUAGUACGAAUAUAGAGGGAUGUCCUACAUUAACCUAGAUAGGAGACAAUGAAUCGCCUAAGAAAACCCAGCUUUGCAAGCCUCUUUCAAAGAAAGAGAGUUUUAUCUCUACCUAGGUUAAAAUGACAAUUAGAUUGGUAGACUUUCGUACAACACAAUCAUUCAUGAACAUACCUCCACAUUCAUUAAACACAUCCACACACGAAUCAUUCAAUCCAUACAAGCAUUCACAUAAUUGUAGCUAGGGUUUACAAACACCCAAGUGAAAGAAGGGACUGCUCCAUGCUAGAAGAAGGGAAAACACAAGAGAGAAGAAGGAAAACCAUCAAUGAGAUGCUAGCAUUGCUCCUUGUGUUGAAGAGAUCCUCCUUUGGGGGAGGAAUUCCCAAAUCAUUGCUUGAAGAUGAAACCCUCGCUUCUCCUCUUCUUUGGUUCGUCACUUUCUCACUCUAGAAAUCUGUAGAAGAAGAAGAAGAAGUUUCUCACACUAGGUCUCCCCCUUUUUCUCCUUCAGCUCAACCUCCUUUUAUACCCAGAUCAGGCUCAGAUCAUGGUCCCAGUUCACGGUCAUGAACUGAAAGCACGGACCGUGAUCUCAAGUCAAAACGCGUCGUAUCACUAAGUCAACUUCACGGGCAAUGGCCUGAGUUCACGGUCUUACGACCGUGAACUGACUUGCGUCCAUUGAAAGUGAUUUAUGCUCUGGAUGCUUGGUUUUUCAUGGCUAGCGCCUCCAGUUCACGAUCUUAGUGACCGUGAACACACAGCUCCAACCGUGAUCUGCUGCUGCUUCCACCCUUUGACUUGAUUUUUCGCCUUUUUGUCCAACUUUCGACUCCGUGGUUGGUUCCACCUGCCAUAGUCUGAAAACACCAAAACGAGGGAAAAUCUGGCGUAAAACCAAACCUCCAGAGUACAAAUGCUUCAAACGACUAAGGAAACUGAGGGGUAAAAGGUGUACAAAUGAGCCCAAAUCACUCCCCCACACUUAGACGUUUGCUUGUCCCCAAGAAAACCAUUUUCAACCUAGGUGAUAUCUCAACCUAACAAAAUAACUUGGGGACAAAUAAAAAGGCACAAAGUGGUGAAUCUCAAUGACUAUUGGGCGUCAACACAUGAACCGCCUCAAACAAUACCGGCAUCCACCACAAAUGACAUUCGAUUGCAUCAAGAAUUGGCAAAUAAAAAGUUCUCACCCUGUUCACAAAUCAAUGAAAGUCCGACCAGACUACUCACCAACCGCAACUAACCAUGCAUAGAACUCAAGUCCAAGGAACAAACGACGGGGCAACAUAGGUCCUCACCGGGGUAAGAUAUGAACAUGGAAAACGAGAAUGAAUCACUCACUCUCGACCAGUGGGGUCAUGACCUUUUUUAUGAAAAAGAUGUGCACAAUCAUCAACACUCAGCCCUGUCGUCUCUCCACCACGGCGGCAACCUCAAAAUAUUAGAGCUCACAGGACGGUUGUCAUCACUAGCUUGUCCAGACUCCGGAGGUCUUAGACACUGGUUCAAAUGACUGACAACUGCCUUGGACACGGGGAAAAGGCUUUUUCGGUGGUGGCGAACAUGACAUGAGGUCCUACAUCUUCAACCUAAAACCAAAGGUCCUAUGGUUUUGACUAAGAACCUUUCCUACAAUCAACAACCACUAGCAUCGGCCAAAAACCACACUUCCCUUCUUCCAAACCACUACUAAUCAUGAACUACAUUCAAGCACACUUCUUCGGCCUAUCUUGUUAUUCACAUUUCAAACCUAAUAGUGAAGGAGGUCAUCAAACAAUUUAGGUGUUUCAAUGGCUUGAGUGCCAAGAAACCUUUUAUAGAGCAUACACUUAGACUUUAUUGGCCACUCUCUACUUUUAUUUACCCUGUUUUAUUACCUUUUUCGUUUUUUUUUUCUCUUUCUUUCUUUUUUGUUCUCUUUUUCUUUUUUCGAGGGGGGUACUAGAGAGUGCAACGCAUGUCACCUAUCCUUAAAUGAAGAAUGCUCUCCAUUAAGAACUUUCUUCCAUCGAUAACUUCGCAGUUCUAGCAAGAACCGUGCAAAACCACCUAUGUAGAACCUCAAUGGAGUUCAAAGGCGAGAACUCCGCGACGAGGGGGGGUCGUUAAUUUUGGAGGGGGUCGGUUUUUAAGUCACCAUUAAGCUCAAAAGGCACAAAGCUCCUAGCAUUAGAACGACCCCCAAAGUUACACGGCUCAAAGGGGUUAACUAGGGGAUACAAUGUUUCGGGACAAUCAACUUUUUGGCGUGGAAUAAUCUUAUACCUUCAUCAUACUCACUAGUGAAAAUGGUGAAUGUUACACACCAUGACAAGAGGGAUCUAUCACACAUGAAAAAGACGAUCGGCACAAAACUCACAUGGCUACCUAGCCACCCAAUCAUUUAUUCCAAUUUCAAAAACUUCAAUGCAUGGCAAUUGUAAUCAAGAAGUAACCAAGACAAGACAUCCAUUCAUUUAAGCACACAUGAGAACUAAGCUUUUGCACAACCCUAAUGCAUUCUUAGUCAUCAUAAUAGGAUGCACUCGAUUACAUGCAACAAUUCAACCGACCAUUUUGAUCAUGCAUUGCUUGGAGCCCUCAAAAUUUUCAAAUUUGGGCAUACAUCAAGGCUCCAAGCAUUCAAUCACAUACACAAGCAUACUAAUAAACUACCCCCCGCCCCACACUUAAGCUCGACAUUGCCCUCGAUGGCGUAAAAUAGGGGGUACAACGAUGUUACCGCAUGACUUGGUGAAUGAAAGUUGGGGAAUUUCCCAGGGGUAGGAUGUUUGAGCUUCAAAGGGAAAACAAAACACAUGCACAUUCUCGCUCGAGGCGGGGUUAUUACACAUAACAAAGUUUCACAUGAAGAUUCACACGACAUACCUCCGCUGGGUUGCAUCCCAACAGGCGCUAGUUUAACAUCUUAAGCUAGAUGAGGACUUCGAGCACCUGCAACUUCCUCUCAUUUCCACACAAACUAGGGUCCAUAUUUAGGUAACUACUUACGAGAGCGGGAGCGAGAUAGCGUCUCUUCUUCAAGAAUUCAUGUCCGAGAGCGUGAUCAGAGUGUCAUAUUAAAUUGGUAUUAAUUAAUUAUUUUAAUGGUAGUGACUGGUAUACUCGAGGAGUAUAGUAUACUCCAAGUGAUCUGCCCUUUAGAUCUCCUUUUUGAGCUUCGGUCAAUUAGUAUUUUUUAUUAAAUUGAUAUGUAUAUAUAUAAAUAAAAAAUUAUUAAAUGAUUGUUGUAAAGUAAAUUUCAUUUCAGUCACUAAAUUAAAUUAAUACCUAUUUGUCUUAUACUUUUGAUAUUAUUGUUUAGGAUUAAAUGACAUACAAGACC